UCCGGUUUACUCAUAUAUUUUAUGUCAUUUAAUUUUUUUCGAAAAAUAUAUAUAGAUAGGAAUAUUCAAGUUAUUUCUGUCGUUAGAAGUACUUUUAUUUUUUUUAUUAUUUUUUACUCGUAAUUUAUAAAAUGAAUGUAUUGUGUCUGUGUAAAUAUUCAAGGUCAAAUUUAUAUUUUUUGACAGUUCCUUACAGUUUUUUAGAACUGUCAUCUAAUUAUUUGGAGUAUAAUAGAAGAGUUUGCUUAUGAUAUUUUUGUAUAGUGUGUAGGAAGAACUGUUUUAUUGAGAAGAAGAUAUAUUAAUUGAAGGAGGAAAAUGAAUAAAAAGUGAUGACACUUGGACUUAACCUAAAAUGUGAAAUUUUUAUAUUUGAAAUUAUUUUUUUUACAUAUUUUGCGUCGCUUUUGACUCUGUAAUAACGAAAUCUUUUUCGAUUUUGUUUAUAUUCUGUUUGUAAUUUGUGUUUUUAAUAAAAAUCAACAAUGGAGAAAGAAAGAUUUACAAUGCUUCUCCUGGAGCCUGGAGAAAUAUUUUUUGAAGAUUACAGUGCCCAGAUGAGAUUUCUCGAGCCUUCGAAUUCAAAGAAUAACGAAUGGAUUGAAGGAAGAUUGAAAGUUUGUUCAAAAUCUUUGGUCUUUGUAAAUAAGGAUAUCACUCAACCGUUAAUUAAAAUUCAAUUAAAAGAAACAAUAUUGGCUGAGAUUACCAAUGCAGGCAAUACAAUAUCAGGAUCGAAUAACUUGUCCAUCGAGUGUAAAUCUUUUGUCAAAAUGUUGGAGGGAAAUGUGUUGGCACCUUAUAAAUUUAUACAUCAAAAGACUUGUUUUCAAUUUAAUUUUAAUUAUGCCAAUGUCGAGGAUUGUCUCGCUCAAAUUUUGCAAUUGUUGAGAGCAGCUAGUCUACCAACAGCUGAGCAAAAUUCAAUGAUAAUGGCAAUAGUUCAUUCAAGACAAUCUCGAGUUUCGUUUGACACUUCAUGGCUCGAGGAUCUUUACGAAGAAGUUGUUAUUGAAGUGCAAGCUAAUAAAGUUUUGCCACUCGUUGUCAAUCCAGGAAGAGUUCUACUCACAAAUAGUCGAAUCUAUUUUCAGCCUUAUAAUAAUAUGGAUCAGCAUCCAGUUUUGAAAAUUCAACUCAAGGACAUUAAGAAUGUGAUAAAAAGGAGAUUUCUCUUGCGACAAGUGGGACUCGAAAUUAAAUGGACAAAAGUGGCGGAUGGGAAGCCGGAAUAUUUAUUUUUAUCACUAAGCAAUCAGGAAGACAGAGAUAAUUUAUAUUCUAAUUUAUUGAAACAAUCUCAAGUUAGUUUGGAAACUAUUCCACAAAAUCAAAUGACAAUGCAGUGGCAAAAUGGAAUACUAUCUAAUUAUGAUUAUCUUCUUUACAUUAAUAGUUUAGCAGAUCGUACGUUUCAUGAUUUAACCCAAUAUCCUGUGAUGCCUUGGAUAAUUAACGAUUAUACCUCCGAUACUUUAGAUUUAGAGGAUCCUAAUAUUUAUAGAGAUCUGAGUAAACCAAUUGGAGCUUUGGAACCCCUGCGAUUAGAAAGGUUGAAGGAAAGGUACGAGGAAAUGUCAGAACCGAAAUUCCUCUAUGGAUCGCAUUAUAGUGCGCCAGGAUUUGUAUUAUUUUAUCUUGUCAGAAAAUAUCCUCAGUAUAUGUUGUGUCUUCAAAAUGGAAGAUUUGAUCAUGCUGACAGAAUGUUUAAUUGUGUGUCGGAUGUUUGGAGAAAUGUUAUGGUGAAUAUGUCAGAUUUUAAGGAAGUUAUUCCAGCUUUUUAUGAUGUAUCGAAUAAAGGUGAUUUUUUGGUGAAUGGAUAUGGUAUUGAUUUUGGAUAUCGACACGAUGGAACAAAAGUUGGAGACGUUCUUCUUCCACCUUGGGCUGAAGGUCCUUCUGAUUUUGUAAAUAAAUUACGCAGCGCAUUGGAGAGUAAUUGGGUUUCGGAAAAUUUGCAUAAUUGGAUCGAUUUGAUUUUCGGCUACAAACAGAAAGGAGAAGAAGCUGAAAAGGCUAAUAAUGUGUUCUUUCAUUUAUGUUACGAAGGAGCUGUAGAUUUAGACACAAUUCGCGAUGGAAACGAUCGACAUGGAAUCGAAGUGCAAAUUAUGGAAUUUGGACAGGUUCCAAAACAGGUUUUUACCCUGCCACAUCCAAAACGACAAAUUUCGAGUGAUUUUAUUCGUUCUGAAACUAUUUUAACAGAACCACAAUGCAAAUCGAACGAAAAGGAGAGUAGCGAAAUUUUAUUGAAAGAAUCUAUGCAUUUUCAAUCACACAAGGAAGGAGUUAAUUGUGUUUCUGUUUUGAAAGAAGGAGCACAUUUAAAUGACAUUGUCUCUGUGGGUUGUGAUGGGAAUUUAAAAUUUUACUCCAUUAAUUCGCAAAAGUUAACUAGAAGCGUUACUGUCUCUUUAUUGCCCUUAUCCUCAUGCAUAUCAUAUCAAAUUUCAACUCAAUGCAGUGUCAUUGUCAUUGGUUCGUGGGACAAUAAUUUAGUGUUUUAUGAUGUAGAGUUUGGUAAAGUGAUAGACACGUUGUUAGGACACGAGGAUGCAGUUUCUUGCCUAGCUUAUAGUUCGAAAAGUAAUGUUAUUAUUUCCGGUUCGUGGGAUUGUACGGUAAAAAUUUGGAGAAGUUAUACUUCCGGUACGAAAAUUAGAGUUGCCGAGUGUCUCGUCGCUCAACUCGAUCACGAGUGUAAAGUAAAUUGCAUUAAUUUGUCUAGAGAUGAAACUUUAUUAGUCUCAGGAACAGAGGAUGGGGAAAUAUUUUUAUGGGACAUGGAAACUUAUAAUUUGCAAUUUAACGUUAAAGGACAUUCGGGUAAAGUGAAUGCAUUAACGUUUGAGCCCGAAUCAAAUAAUAUAAUUUCUUGUGGAGUAGAUAAAGUUCUUAGUGUAUUGGAUUUUCGAACAGGCACUCAGAUUUGUAGCAAAAUUUUGGAAGUGGAGGCAUUGUCAUUGACUUGGUUAAACUCGCUUUUAUUAAUUGGCGAUGGCUGGGGAGAUGUUAGUUUUUGGGAUCCGAAAUUCAACUGGAUUUCAAAAUUCAAUUGCCAUAAUGGUCCUGUUACAUCAAUAGUUGUGACAAUUGAUAAUAAAAAGGUGAUAACAGGCGGUAAAGAUAGAAAAAUAAUAGUUUGGGAUAUCGAUUGACGAUUAUUUUCGGAGUAAAUAAAUUAAAUUCAUUAUUUUUAAAAGCAGAU